UUGGCUGGUCCUUUUGUUCGUGUUGCUUUUCACAUUUUUGUUUAGAAGAAGGAAUGACCUAUGAACAGAAUAUUCUCCUAUAGCGUGCUGCUUCUAUAUAUUCUUCUUUGCAUUGAACCUUCUUACAACACCUUACCAGCUACCCAUGGGGAACUGUCUUUCUUUCCCUCCAUCUUCAGGUUCCAACGUUGUCUCGAAGAAAUCCAAACCUCUGCCCAUUGAAACCUCCUUCAAGCUUCCCUCUCCAUUGCCAACUUGGCCACAAGGUGAAGGGUUUGGAUAUGGAACCAUUGAUCUUGGUGGAUUACGGGUGUGUCAGAUUUCGUCUUUCAACAAAGUCUGGGCUACCCAUGAAGGGGGACCAGAUGACCUUGGCGCUUCUUUCUUUGAUCCCUGGCAAAUACCACAAGGAUUCUUUAUGCUGGGUAGCUAUUGCCAACCCAACAACAGGUCGCUUUACGGGUGGGUUCUUGCCGGGAAAGAUGAGGUAGGGGGAACCUUAAAGACACCGCUCGAUUACACGCUAGUUUGGAGCAGCGAGUCUCUCAAAAUCAAGCAAGACGGCAUUGGCUACAUCUGGUUACCCACUGCUCCUGAUGGUUACACAACCGUAGGCGUUGUCGUCACCAAUUCCCCCGCAAAGCCUUCCCUCGAAAAAAUCCGCUGCGUUCGAUCAGACAUCACCGACCAAUGCGAGGUCGACACUUGGGUCUGGGGACCUGGCAAGCAAAGCGAUCCAAAUGGAUUCAACGUAUUCAAUUUGAGGCCCAGCAAUAGGGGGAUGCAGACCAUGGGUGUUUGUGUGGGCACAUUUGUGGCCCAAAACGGCAGCGCUAACUCUAUUUCUGUAGCUUGCUUGAAGAAUAUGCACUCCAAUUUAUCUUGCAUGCCCAAUCUAAACCAAAUUCAGGCAAUUUUUCAGGCAUACUCUCCCCGGAUAUAUUUCCAUCCUGAUGAAGAGUUCUUCUCAUCCUCGAUAAGUUGGUAUUUUAACAAUGGGGCACUCUUAUAUAAGAAGGGAGAAGAAUCCAACCCUAUCCCAAUCACAGCAACAGGCUCGAACCUUCCUCAAGGAGGUUCAAAUGAUGAUUCAUACUGGCUGGACUUUCCCCUGGAUGAAAAUGCUAGAGAGAGAAUCAAGAAAGGAGACUUACAAGAAACUGAGGUAUAUUUACACAUCAAGCCAAUGCUGGGAGCAACCUUUACGGACAUAGUUUUGUGGAUGUUUUGUCCUUUCAAUGGUCCUGCCAAAGCUAAAGUUGAGCUCAUCAAUAUUCCACUAGGAAGGAUAGGAGAACACGUUGGUGACUGGGAGCAUUUGACGUUGAGAGUCAGUAACUUUAAUGGGGAGUUGUGGAGUGUUUACUUCUCCCAACAUAGUGGGGGUUCUUGGCUCAAUGCGUCGGAGCUUCAGUUUGAAAGUGGAAACAAAACUGUUGGGUAUGCAUCGUGGCAUGGCCAUGCCAUGUAUUCCAAGCCAGGUCUAGUAUUACAAGGGAACAGUGGGAUAGGAAUAAGGAAUGAUACUGCGAAAAGUAAAAUGGUGUUGGAUACUGGAGCAAGGUUCUCGGUGGUUGCAGCUGAGUAUUUGGGCACGAAGGUUAUCGAGCCACCAUGGCUUAAUUACUUGAGGAAAUGGGGUCCAAAAACUACUUACGACAUAGCCGAGGAGAUCAAGCAAGUGGAGAAAAUAUUACCUGGGAAACUCAAAUCUGCGUUUGAAAAGUUCAUUAAUAGUCUACCAAAUGAAGUUCUCGGGGAAGAAGGGCCCACAGGUCCAAAGCUGAAAAGAAAUUGGACAGGAGAUGAAGUUUAAAAUAGCAUCCAAUGCCAGAUAUAUAUUUUGCUUAUCAACAGCAUAUUCUAAAAACAACACAAUAUGCAUAUGCAUAUAUAUAUAUGUGUGUGUGUUUUUUUUUUUAUUUAGUUAAUUUAUUUAACUAAACUUCUUUAAAAAGAAAAAUAAAA